GGUGGCAGCACACUCAUAUUCUACAGAAGAAAUCAAAAUGGCUUCUGUGAGUGCAACGACGAAAUAUGUUCGUCCAGUUUUAUCCCUUAAUAAAAAUGAAGCACGAAAAAGAGUGUUAGCAUUGUAUAAAUUAUGGUACCAGGAAAUACCUCAAAUUUUACUGGACACGUCACUUCCAGUAACGGAAAAGAUGUGUUUUGACAAAUUGCGAGAGGAAUUUAGAAAGAAUGCCAAUGAAACAGACAUCAGGGUAAUCGACUUUCUCAUCAUAAAAGGAGAGCAGGACCUGCAAGAGACUCUAGAAAAGUGGAAGAACAAGGGACAGCUUAUGGAUUACUUCAAAGUAACAGUUGAGAAGAAACCAUCAGACUUCCUAGGAAAGUUCUUAUCUGGUCAAGAUUGAAUGUUCAAUAGGGUAUACAAACGUAGUGUAUGAAACUGUAUGAAAACUUGCAAUCUAUUCAAAUAAACUGUAUAUAUCAUAAGUAUCCAUCA